AUUGUUCUCUCAUCUUAUCUCGGUACAUUGCAAACCUCAUUUCUUUUCGUCUUUUCUCUCACUGCGCUCUAAAAAUGCCAGGCGCCAGCUCGGAAGUGGGUGCUGUCGACAAUCCGUUGGUAGUGGAUAGUUCAGACUCGGACGACGAUCUCUCAGUAUUACCGGCAAAUGGAAGAGUCAAACCGAGUGAUGGUAAAGACCGGUCAUACAAGAAGUCGUUGACGUUCAUGAGAGAGUCUACCGUAGUAGACUUGACACUGUCGGACUCUGAUGACGCCGUCGAAUUCGUUAAUUUCCCUCCCGGCCCGAAUUCGACUCCCGAUCGGGUAGCGCAAGUGGGACUACCAGACAAGCAACCAAGCCCUGGACGGCGUCCAAGACCAUUUAUGUCUAUAGCAAAUUCGUCUUCUUCACCAGAAGAUCAGAAUAUCACCGGUCUUUUGGAAAAUCAUUCUCGAGAGACAGGAGAGCUGCCUAGUCCGCCUUUAGUUGAGGAUCGUGCGGCACCGAAUGGAAUGAAACUCGAUGGGGAGAACAUUGUUAGUCAGAGUAAUGGGAUUAGUGCUGCUCAAGCGGCGGUAACCACAUCUAGAACGUCUUCAUUGACAUCAAAUUUAAACAGACCCCAAUCGGUCUCUGGGGCUCAACCUGCUGUCGCUUCCUCUAGCAGAUCUGCCAUCAAUUCUCCUCCCAGACGAUACCUUUUGAUAUCCCAACAGUCACCUUCGUCUCGUACGACACCUUGCAGAUCUGCCGGUACUGCGUCUCCCACUUCAAGACCCCCAACUCCUCCAUUACCGCCAACACAGUCAACACCUGUAACUGUAUCAGGGCUUCCAGCGCCCUUGAUACUCUCCCCUGUACCGGCUGCUUCAUCAGCCAUCUCGCCCACCAUACCUUCAAUACCUUUACACGCUUCACUUCCCUAUCCUACACUAUCUUUACCGCCUUCAGCUACACCAGCACUUCCAAAUUCCUUUACACUUUCUGCAUCCACUAUCCUUCCUGCAGAUUCUUCAAUUUCUGCACUUCCAUCAACUUCUGCAGCAGGUUUACCUGUGAUGCCUGUAUUCAUUUCACCCGCUACAUCUUCUCCAGCUGGUCCUGAACCAUCAACUCUUCAAUCCGCUUCAGAAGCCACAAAAUCAUCUAACCAAAAAGAAUCGCCAAGGAAAACGGACUCCAAACAAGCGCCUUCCCCUUCAAGUACCCAUGGUUUGUGGACGAAUACAAGGCCAUUUCACGCUUCUUCUAAUUUAUCAGCUACGUCUGGGAAAUCUUCAGCAGCUUCGUCGAGAUCGACAUCUCGGACACUGUUACCUAGUCGUGUGGCUACGAGUGACAAUGUUGCCGGUCCCUCAAAAACGACUUCUGUUUCAUCAACUCACCCACCAGCUAGAGCCCCAUCGUUAUCUCUACCCUCAGAGCCAGAAAGGCAAGUUCACCCAAGGUCGCCAUCUCAUGAAGGCGUAGGAAAGAGGGAGAAGAAAUCCAAGGCGCUUUCUUCUGGUACUGGCCAAAGUACACCCUCAAGAUCUUCAUUAUCAACUUACGAUGUGGCCUCAAAUCGGAAAACUAAAUCGACUGGCCUUAAUGCGUUACCACAAAAGCCCUCCAGUGCAGGUAAGACCUCAAGUAUCCCGCAAAGAACCAGUACAUUGGCCACGGCCAUGGCCAUACGUCCGUUUGUUCGAUCGCCAACUUCUCCUUGUCGCCCAUCGUCGUUUGAAGCUUCCGGACCUAUCCAGUCUUCCGGAGGAGCAGUAAAAGCCGCUCAAAAUCAAGAUAAAAUACAUCCAUUGUCGACAACAUCGUCCAUAUCUUCCCAUUCUAGGGAAACAACGACAAAGGCCGCCACACCCUCCCACGUCACAAUUUCAUCACCAUCGCCUUCCCAAUCCACUUCAGCAUCGACAACAGUGCACGUGACACAAGAUGCUCAAAAGUCAGCAACAACCUCACCUACCAGAGAAAAGAUACAUCCUUCUAGAAGGAAGAGCCAGACAAGCGAUUGUGUGGUUGCUCCGACAACUUCCCAGACUGCGGCCUCCUUGUCAUAUCCGGCAGGGACAUCAGAUGGGACUGGAGAAGCUGAUAAGAAGGCCGCGGGAACCACUGUUCACGCAGGACCAUCUUCCGCUGAUUUUGGAACAUUUGUAGUGCCUCCUACAACCGCUAUUGCAUCCACGACUGUGUCCCCCUCGGUGACUCCACCUGAAGAUGCUCCUUUUUUAAAGUCGGGUCCAACAGUUCAUCCACUUUUUCGCGCUGCGUCUGCAAUUGGGGGUCAGGAUACUUUAACCGAGACGGGAGCAGUUGGAGACGUGUUGUCGCAAGGAUCAAAAGGCCGGGCAUCAUCACCCCGGAUAACAACUACUGGAGCAGUUUCGCAUCUUGUGCUACCUAUUGAUGUAGGCUCAAAAAUUAAGCCAACAGCAGCGCCUUCACUCUUUGCAUCAGGUGUGACUAUCGGAAAUGUCGAUGAUCAGGCUGCUGCGCAGCCACAGAACCCAGCACCUCUUCCGUCAGCUUUAUCUGUUUUGUCGAAGAAGAACCUAGGGUCAUCGUCCAAAGAGUCAAGCGUUAAAUCUGCUGCAUCGUCUGUCUCCAGCUCAAGCACCCUGGGCGAUUCGGUUUCCGGACUCGGUAGAAAAUCGCAUCACAAGUCGACGCAGUCGAUACCCCAAAGUCCGCUCCCGACGACUAAUACCAGCAAUAGCAGCGGCAUAGAAGUCAAUUCUUGGCUUAAUCCGCAACCUUUCGGUCCUUCUUUCGCCGCUUCGCAUUUGAAUACACAUGCCAAGAAGAAGUGGAAAGGAAAGGAAAGAGAGAAGGAGAGGGAAAAGGAAAAGGCUCGAGAGAAGGAAAAGGCGAAAGAAGAGAACGAGCAAUUGAGGCGAAGACGAAUGGCAGAUUUGGAGAAGAUUUCGGCAAACCUGGAAAAGUAUAAAGGACGUAUGGGCGUUGAAUCUCGAACUCGCUCGAUCCCUCGUGCGGAUGGCGAAAACAGAAAGCGGCCGCCAAGUCCAGGAAUCAGUGCAAGUACUGAUGGGGAGGUGAGAGUUGUGAAGAGGAGCAAACCAGCGUGGGCUAUCGCGCCUGAAAAUGGACACGUCGCUGCCGCAAUGGAGAAAGAAACAAAUGACAACAAGAAGACGACGGAUGCCAUCAAAAUCAAUCAUCAACCAGCAGCGUUUUAUACUCCCCAGUUUGCUACUCCCACCUCAGCUGCUAAGACAACUACAACUCCUCUAUCUGUUACUGCCGGCUUGGGACCACCAGUCAAUUCUUCCAGCUCAUCCAGUACGCCUUCAUUGCUUAGUCGUUCGAUUAAUUUAGAUAUACCGAGGGAGACGCCGGAAGAGCGUAUGGAUGAUGACGACGGAAAUGAUUCGACAGGUGGGUUGCUAGUCAGAAAAACCGGGAAAAAUGAUGCUGUCGAAGAGCAAGUGGAGCAAGUCCGUCUGGAUUUGGAUGAUGUCUCUAUACACGGUAGCUCCCCCGUUGGGCCAAUUUCUACUUUCACCUCACGGUUUAGGAAUGUGUCUAUCACGCCCUCUCAGACUCAAAAGAUAUUAGAGCAGCCAGGUGAAGAUGUACCUAUCCGACGGUCUGCCAUAAAGAUAAAUGGGAAGCAAAAGGCGCAACGCAGCAAGGAUAAGAGUGAUGGAAGCGAGAGUGAGGAUGAUGUUCCUCUCAACUGGCCUUCAAGGAAAGGAAAGGGGAAAGCCGCUCCCGAACCCCAAGAUAAUUCAGAAACACAAAGGGAUGAUGAUGGUGUGAAUUUGGGAUCAAGCAAUGGAGAGGAGGGGUCCAGCGACGACCACUCUAAUCCUGUUCUACCGCCUUUCUUAUUCAAAGAUCGGCCUGCGCAUGUGCGACAGCCGUUGCAGACACUUUUCAAAGGCGGAUUUGUUGCAAAACAUAGCUACCAGCGCCCUCUUGUCAAGUCUUCUGCUGUUUCUCCCGUUCCGAAUGCCAAUCGCACCUCCUCUGAGCCAUCUGCCAAAGCUGAACUGCUGCCCCAAAAGCGCAAACGUAGGCCCAAGAAACUUACCAGAGAGCAAUGGCACCACAUCGCACAGAACCAUUUGUCAGAUGUUGAUGACCUGCUUGACGAAUCUUCAAAGAAGAGGUUGAGUCCGAAGAGUGCGGAGAAGCUCGGUGCCGAUCUUUCCAAGCUCACAAGUCCUCGCGUUUUCUCUAUCGUUUCUCGCUCAGAGCCCCGGUCAAAGGGAGCGCCCAUUGAAGAAAAUGAUAACGAGUACUUUACGGACUCUGACUCACAUACAUCUGACAUUGCCCUGUUCCUCCAACAUCCUGAUCCUCCUCCUCCUCCCGAGCGCAUUCGAGAAGCCAAGCGCAAUUUCGGUACGCGUACCAUCGAUCCAUGGAACAGGCAGAAGCAUACUUUUCGAUCCAACCCGGCUCUGCAUCGUGCCAUCUUUGAGGCAUAUAUUAUGCAGUCUACGUCAAUGGAAGAGUCGGGUGGGGAUGAUAUCAAGGUGACGAAUGAGGUCGACGCAGAUGGUGGUCCGCCGGACUUUGAGUUUGUGUAUUCAGAUACUAUGUUAUAUCCGGACGGUAUACCGCCACCAGAGCUAGGUUUGGGGUGCGAUUGUGAUGGACCUUGCGAUCCGGAUUCUGAGACUUGUACUUGUGUAAAGAGGCAAGAGCUUUACUUUUAUGAUCUGGGCUUGAAAGGUUUCGCAUAUGAUGAAAAUGGCAAAAUCAGAGAAAACUCUGCUUCCAUUUGGGAGUGUAACGAGCUAUGUGGAUGUCCUCCUGAGUGUAUGAAUCGCGUUAUCCAACGAGGCCGUGCCAAGGAUACCGGAAUAGAGAUUUUCAAGACCAAAGAAAAAGGUUGGGGUAUCCGCGCUCGGUCAUUCAUACCAAGUGGAACAUACAUCGGCAGUUACACAGGAGAACUGAUUAGGGAGGCGGAAAGUGAACGACGAGGAGUUACCUACACCGCCAUUGGUCGAACAUACGUUUUCGACCUCGACGGAUGGCAAAUUCGGCACCCACCCAAGGGGUUGGAGAAGAUUGAUAAACGCGCCGCAGAGCUAGCUGAAGCGGUGAAAAUGAGAGCCAAGGCUGCAAUGCGAGAGAGCCAAGAAGAUGCUUACAAUGCAUAUAGUGUGGAUGCUUUCCAUUAUGGGAACUUCACUCGCUAUUUUAAUCACUCAUGUGAUCCCAAUUUGGCGAUUACCCAAGCAUAUGUCAAGGACUUCCAUCCAGAACGACCAUUGCUUGUGAUCUUUACUCGUCGAGACAUCAAAAAGCACGAAGAACUUUGUAUCAGUUACAAGGGUAUACCCGAUGACGACGUUCCAUCCCCAGAGCCUGUCAAAAAGAAGAAGGGAAAUAAGGGCAAGAAACAGAUGUCUAAAACAUCUGCUUCGGCACAUCCGCCAGAGAUGAUAGCUUUGAAUUCAGACAAAGGCCCGGUGGAAGUGAAGGAUAUCUGUCGAUGCGGAGCGAAGAAUUGUGAUGGAAGGAUGUUCAACUACGGCUCCUAGUUGGGCGAAGAUUGUAUUGCGACAAAGGAGUUGGCCAAUAAACAAGGACAGCAUUCCCCUGCGGCGAAAUUUAUUUGUAUGAAUAGUCAUAUUUUUGGCCCCAUGUUGCCACUUUUGAUUUAGCAAUUUGUUUUGCAUCUAUGCACCAUCUGCGCAUGCUGC